AAACGGUUAACUUUAGAAACAUAUCUGAGUCAAAGUAUCUGUGUGCACAUGUGCCAAAUUCUGCGUUGCGUUUAACUGACUGACUGGCCGAUAAAGUAUCUAUAAAUGCGAAGAAUGUACGGCUGUAACAGACACUACUUGACGUACUCGAUCAAGUAGUAGCUUCCUGUAAGCUGCAGUUUGACCAAGUGUUGCAAAAAGGGUCCAGUAAAUCAAUAUUCUUUGGUACCCUUCUCAAUGUUAAGGAUUACCACGAUCUAUCUCGAUCGGAAAUGCCAAUUAAUUCUUUCGGACAAAUAGAUGCUAGUAUAGUUACCCAUACCUAUUGUUUAUAACCCGUCGAUUGCUUUUAUUAAACUAUGCAUUCCGCGUAGGCCAAGGCACUGUAAACUGUGGUGUACACAGAUUCCAUGUACGAGAUCUAUAUCUACAAAAUAUACGUUUUCAAUUUUGAGUUGUGAACUCUGUUAUAGUCACGUCACUUGGUAGUCAACUUCUUUAAAAAUAUGUUGAUAAAGACAAAGAACUGCGCAUUCAAAUGAAGCCUUUGAUGCUUUCUUCAGAUAAUGAAUUAACUCGACAAAAUGAGAUUAGCUACAUCGAAGGUUCAAGUUUCACACAGAAAAGUUUCUCUUCUUCGCGUAAACAAGACACACUACUGAAUCCGGAUUCACAUUCACGGUCGACAGGUGUCAAUUCAGGUCAAUACUCGUCAAUGAUUUUGGAAAGAGCACACGAAGCGGCUAUAUUUGGUCAUUCUUCAGUUCCUUUACCUUCCAUUCUUGGUACAGAUCCAGCUGAAGGCAAAGAUAAACUAGUUUCUUCCGUGGAUACAGUAAAGCAACUACUUCAUCAUUCGCUGGAUAAAUCCGAUCCUUCCACAUGGGAUUGUUGGUUGUUGAAACUUGCUGAAUUUAAGGCACGUCGAGCAAAUAAGAUUUCAUCUACCAUAAAGACAAAUCAGAAAAAGAGAAUUAAUGGAAUUGGAUAAUAAAGUAUACUUUUCUUAUAACUUACUAAUGGUUAGAUCUAUUUAAAUCAUUAUAGUUUUUAUUUCCUGCGAAUACAACAUGUACUUUUUAACGUAUUCUUUUUAUGAAAUAUUACUACGAAUAAAUAAAUGUAAAUC